AUUAUAAAGAGCUGGUAGUAUAGUACGUAUAAGGUUUGAGUAUCUCUGCUAAUAUAAUUAAACUAACUAGAAUUAUUGUUUUCUUCUGUCCGUCCUUGGCACUGAGGUUGAUUCAAAAAAUAGUUUUAUGAAUUGUCUGACCUUGCCGAGGAGCUCUCUUUCCAGGAAAUGUUGCAAGAGCCCUAGUUUUUAAUUUAGGAUACAUAUAUUAGCCUGUAAAAGGGAAUUAUCAAAGACUUCAAGCUUGCUGAAAUAAAAGUGAUCAUUGUCAUCUGAUAUUGUACAAAAAUCAAGCGUUCAAUUCCUGUUUUCCAGGAGGCAUUAAUGACAGCUUCGCAAAUGGCAUGUGGGGUUCCUAUGAUCAGUUUUGCAGGGGAUGGAUUCCGUGUGCCUAACUCUGUGGAGUUCAUUCUCGAGAAGAAGCAACAUGGUUUCUCUGAUGUACACUAUGAAGUGUCAGAUGUCAAUAAAAUAAUUUUCCUCCAAGCAGACAGCUCCUACAUGACCCUUUACAGGAAAAUUGUCAUGCGUAACUCCGCUGGCUUUCCCAUCCUCACAAUUCGUGAAAAGGCGAUCACUGGUCAAAAAUGGUUAGUUCUUGGAGGUGAAAGUUCAGAGAAAAGUCAACCUCUUUGCACCGUGCAGCGAUCACGCUUUGCCCCAAUGAAAACAAGGCUUGAUGUGUUCUUAGCAGGCAAAAUCGAUGAAGAUAUCAGUGAGUUCCAGGUUGUUGGUUCUAAUCACCCAUCCCAGUCUUAUAGAGUCUAUAAAGGAGAUACCAUUAUUGCAGAGUAUGUUUAUACAGGUUAUUUUCUUGCACUUCUAUCUGUGCAGGUGAAUCACAACUCAACAAGGAGAAGCUUCUGUCAGGGUAGAAAAGAGAACUUCGGGGUCAAAGUUCGUUCAGGAGUGGAUUAUGCAUUCAUUCUAGCAUUGAUCAUUACCGUUUUGGAGUGUUUCUCCAAAUUCAGGUCUUUGAGUUCUUGAUCAAUUCGGGGCUGGUUGGUUUUGAAUUCGGAUUCUUUUGGCAGGUUUUUGUGCUCGGGUUCAUUUUGCCACCUCUAAGCAAGAGCGUAAAUCCAUAAAACAUAAUGUUCAGCAUGAGCUUAAAUAGAUAAAAACAUAAUGCUCACUUUGUUCUUUGACUCAAUUGUAAAGUGUAUAUAUCUCAUGCUCAAAGAGUUUUGAGCUAACCCCAAAAAUCAUAUCUUAUCACAAAAAAUAAAGCAUAGAUAAAUCCAUAUAACAUAGAGCAGUCCUCCACUAUACAUGAACUACAGACAUGUGAAGCAACAGCAGCAAGAGGUUUGCUUGCAGGGACCCAAUAGUUGAUCAAAAGCUAUCUG